CGGCGCGCGGCGCGCAGAGUCCGUCCCGCUGGCGGCGGCGGGAGCGCGGCUGCACCGCCCCGGCGCAGCGCGGCGAGCAUGGUGGCGUGGCUCUGACCGCCUGUCCCCGGUGGGGACGGCCGCGGGGCGGCGACCCGCGCCCCGGCGGGCGGGCGGGGGCCCGGGAUGACCGGGGUGCUGGACAGUCUGAUGCCGGACAUGCACACCAGCCAGAUCUCCGCCGGCAGCUACCACCAGCACGGCCUGCACAAGCCGCAGGAGUCCCCCACGCUGCCCGUCUCCACGGCCACCGACAGCAGCUACUACACCAACCAGCAGCACGGGGCAUCGGGCGGGCCGCCCUACGGCCCCGUGAGCUCCUACCCCUACGCGGGCGGCGGCACCGCCCCCUACUCUGCCAAGGCCGCCUACGACGUGGGCUACGGGGGCGCCUACGGCUCCUACGGGCCCUACGGCAGCAGGGCCUCUCCAGCCAACAACGACUCUGCAGAGAAGGAAGACUGCGAGCCGGAGGUCAGGAUCGUGAACGGGAAGCCGAAGAAAGUGCGGAAGCCCCGGACCAUCUACUCCAGCUUCCAGCUGGCGGCUCUGCAGCGACGCUUCCAGAAAACUCAGUACCUCGCCUUGCCCGAGAGAGCGGAGCUGGCGGCCUCGCUCGGCCUCACCCAGACGCAGGUAAAGAUCUGGUUUCAGAACCGCCGCUCCAAAUUCAAGAAGAUGUGGAAAAGCGGAGAGAUCCCAGCGGAGCCGCCUCCCCGCCGCAGUUCUUCGCCGCCGUCUCCCUCCUCGCCCCCCGCCUGGGACUUCGCUCCGCAUCCACGUACGACGGGCGGAGCCGGCACCGCCAGCCCCAGCCCCGCCGCCGCCUUCCUCGGUAGUUACUCGUGGUACCCGCCGGCCCCCGCCGGCCCGGCGCAUCUGCCGGCGGCCGGUCCCCUCCCGCAGCCGGCGCAGCCCCCGCAUCACCACGGCAGUGGCAGCAUCUUCUAGGCGCUGUAGAGACUUGAGCCCGCGGGCCGCACCCGGCAGCCGCGGGGCACCGACGUGCAGCACUGGUGUGUUUGGUGAAGCGUGGCUCCGGCCCCGGCCAUCCCGGCGGAGAGGAGCCGCUCCGCGCCCUGUCCCGCCCCGUUGCCGCCGGCGGCGGGGUCUGUGUGCAUUCAGCCCAGUGGGGUCCUCCCUCCCGCCGUGAAAAUAACCACACUGCGGAGCAAGUACUCCCUUCCCUUCUCCUCUCCGUCUAUUUUCCUCCUCUUCCCCGGCAUUUUCAUCAAACCACCGGUGCAGAACUCUGGUUAACUUUACUUUUUAUUUUUUUAAAGUUGAUAGGUGCCUUUGCGGAUAACCUCACUUUGAUGCUGGGGAUUAAAAUAAUAAAACGAUAAAAAAAAAGAAAUAAUUUUUAUAUGUAGAUUUAAAGCAGAAGCUUCCCGUGUUUAAGGUAUCCCUUUUAGCCGUGAACGAAACCGUCCGGCGGGGGCAGGGGCCGGUCGCAGGCGGCGGUGCCGGUGUCGGUGCCCGUGUGCUGCCUCCGGGCUGGUUUCGUGCCCCGACGGGGCUUCCCCGGGUCGGGCGCCAGCCACAGCGAGCCCUCCUCUCCGCCCCCUCCGCUCUGCCCCCGCCGGCAACCAAGCCACUGACAUGCCCAUGCCCCUGAUCUCUUUGAUGUCUAGCGUCGUGAAAAGAAAAAAACCAAACGGUAUUUUUGGUUAUUUAUUAUGGAAAACUUAUACACUCAUUAAUGUUUCUUUUACAAUAAGCAGAGAUUAUUUAAAUAAAUUAUU